AUGCAUUUAUUUACUCAAUUUGGACCUCUAUUAGUAAGGUAUCCAAAUUUGUGUAAUAUUAGACCAAAUUUUAUUAUAACAUUAAAAUUUCCUUAAAACAACACAUUUGAUAGCAUAUUCUAAAGUCAGGAUAUUAGUAAUAGAAAGGGGAACAUGAAUAACAUUGACUUACAAUAAAAAUGA